AUGGCGGCGGAAGAAUAUUUAAGCAGUGAGCUCCAGAGACUAUUGGAAGGCUUUACAAAAAUCCAAGAUGUGCACCUGGCGUUGCAAACAUACUGCGAAUUGCAAGACGAGCGGAUGUCAAUGGAGCAGGAACGUUCGGAGAAACUGAAAGUAAACCUCGAAAAGAUAUACGAGGCUUAUUUGCUGUUGCAAACGAGGUACAAAUCCUCGAUUGAGGAAUUCGAUAAAGAGAGAAACGAGCUUCGUGGAACGAUUGAGGAACUCAGGGAACAGUGCGAGCAUCUACGUUCUAUUAACAUUUUAGAGGAUCACAAUGGAGUAUCGAGAUUGCAAGAUGAAGUAGAAGUUCUGAAAAUUCGACUGGAAAUGCAAGAUCACCAGCACAGAGAGGACAUAGCGUUGUUGAAACAGCAACACUCGGACGAGAUAAAAAGAUACAAAAUGUUGCUAAAUGCGACCGAAGUAAUUAAAUAUUGUUAAUUAAAAAAUUGAA